UUUAUGUAGUUGUUUUCAUGUUGUUUUGUACAUAAUUAUUUUAUUUAUCCACAUUUAUCUUUCUUGAAAUAAAAAUGAAACUUAACAGUUCUAUAAAAAUUAAAGGGAGAAAUGUUAUAUUAGUUCCUUACAGGCAUUAUCAUGUCCCCAAAUAUCAUGAAUGGAUGAAAUCAGAGGAACUUCAGAAACUUACAGCAUCAGAACCUCUCACUUUAGAAGAAGAAUAUGAAAUGCAAAAAUCUUGGAGAGAAGACAAUGACAAGUGUACAUUCAUAGUACUAGAUAAAGUUAAAUAUGAAACUACUGGGGAUGAAGUAGAAUCAAUGAUUGGUGACACCAACAUAUUUAUAACUGAUCGAGAAACAGAAACAGGUGAAAUUGAAAUAAUGAUAGCAGAAGCAGCUUCAAGGGGUAAAAAACUUGGAUAUGAAUCUGUAAUACUAAUGCUUUUAUAUGGUAUAAAGUAUCUCAAGCUAAAAAGAUAUGAGGCAAAAAUUUCACUCAACAAUGACAUUUCAAUAAAUAUGUUUGAAAAAUUAGGUUUCAUAAAAAAAUAUGUAAGUGAAGUAUUUCAAGAAAUCACACUUGCAAAGGAAGUUAACCUAGAAUGGGAGAAGUGUUUAGAGGAUUUUUUUUGUUUUGAAAUACAAAUUCACGAAUAAUUGUUG